UCAAAUAAAAUGGAGUCUCGAGAAGGUGAGAGUAAAUUCGAGUCUCCAAUAAUGGAUCGAAAAGAAGGUUUUAUAAACGUGCAUGGAGAAUCUCCUGAAAAACCGGUGGAUCUAGAUGAUGUACUUACAAAUGAAUUGGGACAAUUCGGCAGGUUCCAAUUGAGGAACUUCAUUCUAGUGGCCAUACCGAUAAUAAUGUCUGCUUUCAUGAGUGAAUUCAUUUUCUCUGCGGCUGCAAUUCCUCACAGGUGUCGGAUACCAGAGUGCGACGAAAUUGGAAAAAGACAUGAAUUUGAACCAGAUUGGAUAAGGAACGCAAUACCCGAGUCAGGUUCUGGCUUCUCCAGCACCCAGAGGUUCGCUCCACGUAACCUAGGAGUCAACGGAUCUUUAGACAACUGCCCGGCUGAUCUUUUCGAUCCGACCGUCACAAUUGGUUGUGAUGGAUUUGUCUACGCUCGGUUUAAUUCAGUUGUUUAUGAUUUCGAUUUGGGUGGACAGGAGUGGUUGCGAGCUUUGUCAGGCACCCUAAACAGUGUUGGUACAUUGUUGGUGCUUCCCCUGACGGGGUACAUCUCAGAUCGUUUUGGUCGCAGAAUAGCUCUCGUCAUAAGUGUGUUCAAUUUGGCCACUAUUGGUCUAAUUAGAUCGUUUUCGGUGAAUUACCCGAUGUACAUGGCUCUACAAAUACUUCAGACGACUUUGGGUGCGGGAACUUUUAGUUCUGCGUAUAUUUUUGCUGCCGAGCUUGUCGGUCCGAAAUAUCGUGUACUAUCAAGCGCCACUUCUACAUCCAUGUUUGCAUUGGGACAAGUCAUACUUGGCAGUGUAGCUUGGCUGAUUGAGCCGUGGAGGUACAUGAUCAUGGCUCUACAUAUUCCAUGCUUCCUGAUAAUCUCGUACUACUGGAUCUUGAGCGAGAGUGUCAGAUGGCUACUAGCUAAGCGGAAGUUUGAUGAGGCAAAAAUUGUGCUGGAGAAAGUAGCCAAAGUCAACAGAAAACAAAUUAGUGAGAAGUCUAUGCAAGGGCUUUUGAAUCCUCCCCAAUCAGAACAAUCAAAGGAGGGAAGUCCCAGUCUUUUCAAGACGAUAAUUCGCUCACCUGUGUUACUCAGAAGAGUAUGUACCACACCCAUAUGGUGGAUAACCUCUACUUUUGUGUACUAUGGCCUAUCGAUCAACUCAACUAGCCUCUCUGACACCAUGCACCUGAACUACAUCUUGACAUGUGCAAUAGAAAUACCCGGGUUUUAUACUGCGGUUCUGGUAUUGGACAGGAUCGGUAGGAAAGUCACAUUAUGUAUAGCGUUCUUCUUCAGUGCUGCUUGUAAUAUCGCCUUCGUAUUUAUUCCCAACGAUUUGUUUGUGCUACGUUUGGUCAUCUUCCUCUUGGGGAAAUUCGGUAUCUCAACGGUAAUGACGUCAGUGUAUCUAUACACCUCCGAACUAUAUCCUACGGAAUACCGCCACAGCUUGCUCGCCUUCUCAUCCAUGGUGGGCCGCUUGGGAUCUAUCACGGCACCACUCACUCCCGUUCUUAUGCAAUAUUGGCACGGCAUACCGUCCAUGAUGUUCGGCGCCAUGGGUAUUCUCUCCGGUUUCUUGGUGCUCACGCAGCCUGAGACCCUGGGCACCAAGAUGCCCAACACCCUGGCUGAGGCAGAAGCGUUAGGAAGACCAGAAUCUAAGGUCGAGCGACCGAGUUGAUGUGAAUGAGACACACUUUGGAAUGUAAAUUAAGGUAGAAUAUGGGUGUGUUUUAUGACAAGAUGAGU